GGAAAGAGGGAGAGAGAGAGAAAAAAAGAGAGAGAGAGCGAGGAAAGGAAGAAGGGGCGUUGAAAGGGGGGGGUCCCAUCUCUCUCUCUCUCUCUCUCUCUCUCUCUCUCUCUCUUGCAAACACGGCAGGGCAGCCCUGACCCGGAGCCACCCCGCCCACGCUCUCCCUUCCUGCGCUUGGGUUACCCCCAGAACGUGGGUUCCCCAAACUGGAGAGGUGGUGACCUUGCCUAAAAUCACAAACCUAUGGUUGAUUUACAAGGAUGUUCCCCCAAAAUCGGCCCCCGGCUCACCUACAGACCCCCCCUGUGGCCACGGCAGCUGUUGCAGCCGCGGCUGCGGCCAGUGUCGUAUCAACCGCCCCCCAAUCCUUGAAACUGACUUACCCCGAGAUCUUGGACCGGAUCAAAGAAGAAUUCCAGUUUUUGCAGAACCAGUACCACAGCUUGAAACUUGAGUGCGAGAAACUGGCGACUGAGAAGACAGAAAUUCAGCGGCAUUAUGUCAUGUAUUAUGAAAUGUCCUAUGGGUUGAACAUCGAAAUGCACAAACAGACAGAGAUUGCCAAACGGCUGAAUGUCAUCUGCGCUCAGCUUAUCCCCUUCCUGUCUCAGGAGCACCAACAACAAGUGGUCCAGGCGGUGGAACGGGCCAAGCAGGUGACGGUGACAGAACUGAAUGUGGCAAUCGGGCACCAGCUUCAAGCUCAACACCUCUCCCACCACGCGCCCCCCAUCCCAUUGACCCCCCACCCUUCUGGCGUCCAGUCCACCAGCUUGGCCAGCCUCGGUAGCGCUUCUGGGCUGCUGGCGCUGUCGGGAGCCCUGGGGACGCAAGCUCACCUGGUCGCCAAGGAUGACCGAGGGCUUCUCGACGCCGAUAACCGAGAGAGAGACCCCGGACCCAGCUCUUUGGCGCUGUCAAAUGGCGAAAGGAUGCGAGCCAUUUCGGAUUACUUGAACAGUAGCAAAAAAAGGAAGACAGAAAAAGAAUACGGCACAGAUUACGUUGUGGCCUUCAACUACGAAUCCUGUUCCGAUGAACGAAAUGUCCCCUUCCCCGCUUCCUGGAUGUCACUGAGAAAUAAAUCUCUUUUUCUGUCCCCUCCCCCUUUUGAUUUCUUUCAGGGUAGCGAUGGAGAGAAAAGCGAAGAUAAUCUGGUCGUGGAUGAGGAUCCUUCUUCGCCCCACAGCGUCCAGUCCUUCUCCUCCCGAGAAAAUGGGGUCGACAAAGCUACUUUGCAUCGGAAAGAGCUGGGCCACCACAGCCCCACAUCCAUGGCGUCUUCCAGCAGUGUCUCCCCAACUCGCCCCACCAAGGAACUGGCCACAGUAGAGAAAGCAGUUACUCCCGGUUUGAAGUCCAACACCCCAAAUUCCCAAGGGGAUGGAACUACUAUGCCCGGAUCGUCUGGCAGCCUCUCCCAGUUCCGUCCAGGAGUAGCAAAGCAGACGGUGGAGUCACUCGCUUUGAGCCUGCGGAAUCCGCUCACCGUCCAAAGUUCCUAUCAAGCGGCUUUUAACGUCGCCCAUGUUUCAGUCAACGGCGACGUGGUGGGCACCGGCGCCUACGCCGGGCUGCACCUGGUCUCCCCCCAGCUGAACGGGGCCGCCGUGGUGGGGACGGGCAGCUACGGGCGCUCCCCUUUGGUAGCUUAUGAUCCUCACGCGCAUUUGAGGGCCUCAGGCCUUUCUGCGGGAAUGCAGGCCGGCAUAACUUCUGCCAAGCCAGCCUACUCCUUCCACGUAAGCGCAGACGGGCAGAUGCAGCCGGUGCCCUUCCCGCCCGACGCCCUGAUCGGCUCCGGGAUCCCGCGCCACGCCCGCCAGCUGCACACGCUCUCCCACGGCGAGGUGGUCUGCGCCGUCACCAUCAGCCACUCCACCCAGCACGUCUACACGGGGGGCAAAGGCUGCGUCAAGGUCUGGGACGUGGGGCAGCCGGGCACCAAGACCCCCGUGGCGCAGCUGGACUGCCUGAACCGAGACAACUACAUCCGAUCCUGCAAGCUUCUUCCCGACGGCCACAGCCUCAUCGUGGGGGGCGAAGCCAGCACUUUGUCCAUCUGGGACCUGGCGGCCCCCACGCCCCGGAUCAAGGCCGAGCUGACCUCCUCCGCCCCGGCUUGCUACGCCCUGGCCAUCAGCCCCGACGCCAAAGUCUGCUUCUCCUGCUGCAGCGACGGCAACAUCGUAGUCUGGGAUCUGCAGAACCAAACGCUGGUUCGGCAGUUCCAGGGUCACACGGACGGGGCAAGUUGCAUCGACAUUUCCAACGACGGCACCAAACUCUGGACGGGCGGUUUGGACAACACCGUCCGAUGCUGGGACCUCCGCGAAGGCCGGCAGCUGCAGCAACAUGACUUCAGCUCCCAGAUCUUCUCCUUGGGCUACUGCCCCACGGGAGAGUGGCUGGCGGUCGGGAUGGAGAGCAGCAACGUGGAAAUCCUCCACGUGACGAAAUCGGAGAAGUACCAGCUGCAUCUUCACGAGAGCUGCGUCCUCUCCCUGAAGUUCGCUUCCUGUGGGAAAUGGUUUGUCAGCACAGGGAAGGACAAUCUGCUAAACGCCUGGCGGACCCCUUAUGGGGCCAGCAUAUUCCAGUCUAAAGAAACCUCAUCCGUACUUAGCUGCGAUAUUUCCACAGACGAUCAAUUCAUCGUCACCGGAUCUGGGGACCAGAAGGCGUCUGUUUACGAAGUCAUGUACUGACCCGAGUCCCGGCGUUGUUCCAAACUGACCGCAAGAGAAAGGGGCAGCUGUUUUGUGCGCCCCUUCUCGGGUUUUUUUUUUUUUAUCCAGCCAAAGAAUAAAUCCCCUCAACAAGUCCGGGAACGGAACCAGGAACCUGGAACCCACAACGAGGACGCCGGGUGGGUUGUGCGAAUGCAGCCGGCUCCGUCUUCCACGCAACCCAAUGCAUUUGCGGAGCUUUGCGGUUUCUCUCCCGAGUUGUUCUUAUCGUGGCAUGGUGGGAACAAGGGUUGGCUCUCUCUCUUUGGUGUGUGUGUGUGUGUGCGUGAGUGCGCGCAAGUGUGUGUUCACAUUGAAAUUUCUUGGAAAAGUUUGUUGUGUAUUCUAAUUUUUUUUUCUUUUUUUAAAGAAAAAGGAAAUACGAACUUUCAAUAAAGAGAUGAUGGUGUUUGGGUUACUUGA